AUGGCUGCUGGUACAAUGCCGCAGCCUGCUCCCAACAUCAACCGCAAGACCGCAGCGUCGAAACCCUCCGAUUACUGGCUGCGAAUUCCUCAAAAGCUUUCUUCUUUUGCAUCUGCCAGCCCAAUUCACACUGUCGUUCUGAUCUCCUUGCUUGUGAGCUCGGCGUAUGUGGCCCUGCUGGAGAACAGUCUACGUGAUCCUUUGGUGACAAGGCAUGCGGCGAGGGCGUCAUGGCCAGGGCCAACGCGCAACCUGUAUGCUGGUCCAAACACGAAAUGGCAUUGGGAAGAGAAAGGUCUAGGAGCGGAAGAUGUCGGUGACCAUUGUACCCUGAUCACCCUGGAGUUCCAAGGUUAUUCAGCCGACAUUCCCAUCAUUCACAGCGACGAGCGCCUCUCCGUCGUGCCGAUCGAGCCGCUGCUUCAGAAUAUCGAAUUCGUACCCGUCCCAUCUCGCUCAUACCCCGCUGCCAGUCCCGAACGUCGAAGGUUCAGCAUACAAUACCAAGCAACAGCGCAGCAAAAGAUGGGCUCCCAAGGCUCGGAACAGUCAGCUUACAACGGACUCCUGGGAGUGAUUGGCAACCAGUGGUCGGAGCUUGUCUUCUUGUUUCAUCACGCGUCAUGGGCCGAUGUCGCCAUGAUGGCCGUCGCAUACAUCUCCAUGCACUUGACUUUCGCUUCACUGUUCAUGAGCAUGUAUCGGCUUGGCUCGCGGGUCUGGCUUUUUACCGGUGUUCUGCUGUCGUCGACCUUUGCUUUCGUCUUCGCUCUGGUCACGGUGGUCAAGCUUGGUGUGCCCAUUGACCUUGCUCUCCUGUCCGAAGGGCUUCCUUUCCUUGUUGUUAUCAUUGGGUUCGAGAAUCCCGUCAGGCUCACCCAAGCUGUGCUGCAUAAUGCCGACAGGAUUCCUCGGGUGCCAGACCAGGGGCAGAUAGUUGUACCAUCCCCGUUCCAUACUCAUAUCGAACAGGCCCUUGCCGACGACGCACUCUCGAUUGUCAAGCACUAUGCCCUAGAAAUCGCGGUUCUCCUCUCCGGCGCGUUGCUGGGAACCGAUAAUCCCGUCCGGGAGUUCUGCCUUCUUUCCGCGUGCAUCCUCUUCUUCGACUGUAUAUUGUUGUUUUCGUUUUACACGGCCAUCCUAUGCAUCAAGUUAGAGAUCACCCGCACUCAGACCGUUGACGCCUCGAGUCAUCCUGAGCCUGGCAGCAACUUGUCGGCGUCAGUGACGUCAAUACACAGAUCAAGGCGCACCCGGACGGAUAUCCGCAGUUUCAAGCUGGCUAUGGUGGCCACCUUGAUUCUGGUCAAUGUCCUCAACGUCAGCAUGAUCCCGUUCCGUAUGCGAACUGCUGGCGUCGACGGCGCGCCUCGUCUUUCGCCAUGGACACUUUGGUCUGACUCCCAUUUGUCGCCCACAUUGGAUGGUAUCUUGGAUGAGGCUAGGGUCAAUGGCCGGUCCACACUUAUCGCAGUCCACGAGCCCAUUCGCCUGGAACUGCAGAGUCUCUCCCCGCCUGACCUGCGAGGUGACGGCGACGGUAUACUCUCCGACAUUGGACGCAGCAGCCUACUGAGAAGCCUCGAAGAUCCGGUCAUCGUGAAGGGCAUCGUCGCCGCGUUGCUUGUCAGUCUCGUUCUCAAUGGCAAACUCUUUACCGCCGCUCGAACUCGGCGAGGGUCCCGACGCAUCCCUCCUUCGAAUCCCCACCACUUGCCAUCCUCAACGACGCCUGUUUCCCAGGAAGAGCGACCACGGAAACUGGAUCAAUCGGAGACCCAGUCAGUUGUGGUCCACAGUUCGAUUUUACCAGCACUGGUCCGGUCCGACAAAGAGUGCCACCAGCUUCUUAUUGAAGGCCGUGCUAAUGAGCUCACGGAUGACGAGGUUGUCAAUCUCUCAUUAAACGGACGACUUCCUCUCCACGCCCUCGAAAAGACCCUGAAGGAUUUCACCCGCGCGGUCAAGCUUCGCCGCAGUAUCAUUUCGCAUACAGCAGUUACAGCAGAUCUGACGAAGGACCUUGAAAGACCCGAACUCCCUUAUGAGAGCUACGACUGGUCCCGCGUCUUCGGUGUCUGUUGUGAGAAUGUGGUCGGAUACAUGCCGGUUCCAGUGGGCUUUGCAGGCCCGCUUGUCAUUGACGGCAAGAGCUACUUCCUCCCGAUGGCCACGACGGAGGGUGUGCUCGUUGCUGGGGUUAUGCGUGGGAGCAAAGCCCUGAACGGUGGGAGCGGCGUGAAGACGGUGGUUACUGCUGAUGGAAUGACGCGCGGCCCUUGCGUGACGUUCGAGAGCCUGGAACGAACAGCGGAAGCGAAGGAGUGGCUAGACUCGGUUGCUGGCCAAGAUGUCAUGAAGGCAGCAUUCGAUUCGACGACGCGGUACGGUCGGCUACAGUCUAUGAAGACAGCCCUGGCCGGUACGAACCUGUACAUCCGCUUUAAAGCCAGCACCGGCGAUGCCAUGGGCAUGAACAUGAUCUCCAAAGGAGUGGAGCAUGCGUUGAAUGUAAUGCGGGAGCACGGGUUUGAGGAUAUGGACGUCGUCUCGCUCAGUGCCAACUACUGCAGCGACAAGAAGCCUGCUGCGAUCAACUGGGUGGACGGUCGGGGCAAGAGCGUCGUCGCACAGGCAACCAUCCCAGCAGAGAUCGUUCGCAGUGUCCUGAAGUCGGAUGUCGACGCCAUGGUAGCACUGAAUAUGGACAAGAACCUCAUCGGGUCCGCGAUGGCAGGCUCAGUCGGCGGAUUCAACGCCCAUGCUGCCAACAUUGUUGCUGCCAUGUACAUUGCGACCGGCCAGGACCCAGCCCAGGUCGUCGAGAGUGCCAACUGCAUCACCAUCAUGAAGAACGUCGGCGGUUCCCUCCAGAUCUCCGUCUCGAUGCCGUCGAUCGAAGUCGGGACCAUCGGUGGAGGAACAACCCUAGGCCCUCAACGCGCCAUGCUCGACGUCCUCGGGGUCGGCGGAGCGAAUAAGGAACAUCCGGGCGAGAACUCUCGCCAUCUGGCGCGCAUCAUCGCCGCAGCCACGCUGGCCGGGGAAUUGUCGCUUUGCGCUGCGCUGGCUGCGGGUCACUUGGUCAAGGCGCACAUGCAGCACAACCGGGCCAGUUAG